AGAAUUAAUAAUAAUUUAAUUAACAUUAAACUUUUUCUCUUAAAGAUUAGAACAAAUUGUUGGAUCUCUGACUACAUUAUAUCUUGACAAUCAAAAAACUAUAAGCAGAAGAUUAAAAUGUCAACUCUUAAUAACCAUAGUGACUAUUAUUCUAAAUCAUGAAAUGCUGGAAAAAAAUUGUAUAUUUCAGGAAGAAAACUCAUCUUUGUUUGGAUUACUGUUACAAAUAAAAGAUUUUUUAAUUCAAAUAGUUAUUAAUAAAACCAAAAGAAAUCCUGUUCUUUGUGCAAUUGCAUGUAAAUGUCUUGAAGAAAUAGAGCAGUUUUUCCCAGGAAUAUUAUUUGCUGAUGUAGAAAAAAUUUUUAUUUGCUGUCAGUGUGAAACUUCACCAAUAUUUCAAUCUUACUCAUCCCUUUUGAUUCUUAUCAUUAGCCAUAUUACCCAAGCAAAAUUUUCCAUUACAGAUAAUAGUAUACAAGAAAAUUCCAAUAAUACUGAAAAACAGAAGUUAUGCAGAAAGUCAUCUGGUAAUGAAUUAGAAGUCUUAUCAGCAGUAGUCUUCAUCAUGGAUUUAAUACCUUUAAUGACUACAAUGACAAGUUAUCAUAUUAUGAAGCAUUUAGUACAAAUUGUGAAAGAUACUCCCGAUUUAUUACCUAUUACAUUUAAAACCUGGGUACCACGAUUAAUGUAUGUCAGUCACCCUGCACUUUUUCAUUUGUGUUUUUAUAUGAAUAAAGAAUUUGGAACUGAUCUAUUCACUUGUCAAGAAGAACAAAAUUUAUUAAAUCAAUUAAUAUUAUGUAGUCAUCAUCCAGCAUUAACUACAACACACAGACUUUUGUACAUGGAUUGGAUUGAAGCAUGUCUUGAUAAAAAAGUACAUAAGUCUCGAUGGAAUAUGCCGUCUGAUCAGCUAUUGUUAUUUAUACCAAAUUCGUUUGAUGGACCGGAUACUCAAGAGAAAAAACUAAAAUUAUUAGCAACAUUUACACCAAAUAAUCAAAAUUAUGAUCUAUUAAUGAAGGCUCUUCAGAACUUGAAAAAAUACAUCAUUGUUAAUCAAAGUAUUCGUGGAUCAAGUUCAUUAUUUAGGACCUUGUUUUGUUACUUUAUUUUGCAUAAUAAUAAAAUGAUGAAAGACGAAAUUCAAAGAUUUAUAUUGGAUUUAGUACAAGAUUAUCCUCAUUUUUGUAAUUGUGUUUUGGACUAUUUUCAAUGCAUAAGACAUUAUUACCCAGAUAGCAUGUUUGUUCAUGAGUUGAUGACAGAUUUAAUAGAAGUGAUAACAGAAUUACCUUUGAAAACAAUUCAAAAAAACUUUGAGUCAUAUUUAUUAAUAUUGGAAAAAGUUUUAUUAGAAAAAUCUGAAAUUUGUAAACCUCAAAUUAUUUUGAAAUUUAUUAAGAAAAUGCUUGAAAAUACAAAUGUGUGCCAAAGUGGAGACUGGCUUUUGGGAAACAGUAUAUUAUCUGUUUGUUGUAGUUUUCUACAAUAUCAAAACAUAAAUUGUUUCUAUACUGAAUUUGGAGAAAUACUAUAUCAAAUGAUGCAGUUUGAAGAUGUAGAUAUUAAAAUUCAAGCUAAAUUAUAUUAUUCUGCUCUUACUUUGCUCUCUUCACAAAAGGUGCAGAAAUUAUUUGAAAAUCAAAAUCAUUCUCUUCCUGCAAAACAAUCUCUUUGUAAUCUUGUCACAGGGAAUUCAGCAUUUCAUUUAACACAUCCAAUUCAACACCUUCAAAAUCCCGUUCUCAAAUUGGAGAGAAUUUCUCCUGCAGAAUCUCAACUUGAAACUAAAAUAAUUCAAGAUAUUUCAUUUGAAAUUACCAAAGACAUUUUGGACAAAUAUCACAAGUAUAUAUACGAAGAUUUUGUUCCUGUUGUUACUAUUCCUCUUACACUUCAGUUUACAGAAUGGACAAAUACAAAGUUUGAGAUACUUUACUGCAUCGUCUUCAAAUUUUUUUCUCUUCCUUAUUGUGAUGAAAUUAAUGAUAUUGAAGUUUUACUUGCUAAGAAGAAUACAAAAUCAAAUGAAGUUGUGAAUUUAAUACUUUGUCCAAAUUCACCUAAACCUUUAAAUGUUAAAUGCAGAGCUGAAUUUACAUGUCAAGACGGCAGAAGUUAUCAAAAUGAUAUUCCGAGUAUAAAUGUUCUGUUUGAAGAUUUAUUUCUUCCUCUUCCAGUUCCUCCUUUUCUCUACGAAAAAGUUUCCGAAAACGUUUGGAGACGAAAACUAUUUGAUACUCUUUGGACGCAUUUUGAUCUUCAAUCCGACAAAGGUAUUUUUUCUUCAACAUGUCAGCAGUCUGUUCACAAAUUAAAAGUUUCAAAAUCAAAAUUAAAUGAAAUCACAAAUCAAUGGAAAAAAUUUUAUAUUCAAAGUUUAAAUAGCAAUACAAAAGAAAGAUUUGACUUUGGCAUACUUCUUCCCAAAUGUUGUCAUUUACUAAUGAAAAUUGAACUGAUCAAAGAUAUUCCUAUACUUCACAUCAUGACAGAUAACUGGAGCAUAUUUCCAUUACUGAGUUCUUAUCUUCAAAAAUUGGAAUCUGUCAAAGGGUAAAUAAACAUAUUCAUUUAAAUUUGCCUGCAUUCCAAAUAUGCUGCAGCAGUUUGCCAGUUUAUUGUGAUAACAAACAAAAAUAUUUAGUCAAUAUGUCACAAUAUCACAGAUUAUCUUUAAUAUCAGAAAUGAUUGUUAAAGUACUAUUUUAUUGUAUAAAUGUACAAAAUUUUUAUAAGAAAUAAAUAUUGUAUUUAAUCAAACUAUUAGGAAAUAAUUUUUUUA